AUGUCUUUAUCCGACUGCACAUCUCACUGCGCUUGCACGGGUGUACGUAGCUGCCGGCUCUGUGAGGAGGUCACUGGCCGUUCUCUCAAGUCCACUCACCCCCGGCCUCGUUACUUACCUGAUGGGGUGGCGGACACUGCCAAGUCGGACAUAGUCCCACCUGGCCUCGUAGUACUAGCCGAUGCAAUCACGGAAGCGGAGGAGGCCACCCUGCUUGGAGAUAUCUAUGCUCGACCGUGGAAGCUGUCGCAGUCGGGACGUCGGAAGCAGGACUAUGGCCCGCAAGUGAACUUCAAGAAGAGGAAGUUGAAAUGUCCGGACAACUUCCAAGGCCUUCCUCACAGCAUCGACUUGGUGCUCCCUCGAAUCCAUACGGGCCUCGGCCUCCUGUUGGACCACGCCUGGCACGAGAUGGUGGUACAGGAGUACGCUGUGAGUAGAGGUAGUAGUAUUGAUCUCCAUGUUGACCACAGUUGGGUCUGGGCUGACGGCAUCCUCGACCUCUCGUUGGCGGCUGAUUGUAUUAUGGCCUUUGCCAACCCCAAGGAGGGUGUCUACUAUGACGUCGGCUUGCCGAGGAGAAGUGCCUGUCUCAUCGCGGGUCUAUCCCAAACACAGUGGAUGCAUGGCAUCAAAAGGGAUAAUGCUUGCUUGGGUGGUGACACGCGAGUUUCUAUCACUCUAAGGGUCUUGGAUGGAGCAGUGGCUCUCACAGCCGAGGGCCAGGAAACUAUAAGGAGAUCUCGCAUGAGAUGUUGA